GGCCUAAAGAACUCAAAAACGUCAACACUAAUUUUUGCAGCAAAAUUUUUCUCUGCAUUCUAUAAGUAAUUUUAACUUGAAAAUUCGAGGCUGAAUAUACUUUCAUACAUAUCAGAACUAAAAAGUUAAUUUGGUGGUACUAGUGGAAAGAUUAUGGAUUAAUUUUGUAGUAUAAACUUUGGACAAGUUAUAGUUAUAGUGCGAGAUAUAGUUAUACUGAUAGGUGCAACAAAAACAUAACUGUUGCAGCAGCACCAGCAAUUCUAUUCAGGCGCUAACAACAUUACAAUGGCCUAUCUUCAACAUAAUGGCGACCUGAUAAAUUUGAAUGUUGGAGGACAGCGAUUUUCUACAUCACGUCAAACGCUGACGUGGAUACCAGAUACAUUUUUCACAGCGCUGCUAAGCGGACGCAUUUCGAGUUUACGCGAUGAAACUGGUGCUAUAUUCAUAGAUCGCGAUCCUUCGUUGUUCUCAAUCAUUCUGAACUACUUGCGAACCAAGGAUAUUGACAUCAAAAAUUGCGAAAUCCGCGCAUUAAGGCAUGAAUCGGAGUACUAUGGCAUUACUCCGCUGGUCAAGCGGUUAGCGCUUUGUGAAGACUUGAAUCAUUCAUCAUGUGGCGAUGUACUCUUUUAUGGUUAUUUGCCAGCACCAAUGAUGCCAUCAAAUGAUUCAAUUCAUACAACAGUAUCAUCGACAGGCCCAGUCGUCCUGGAAGACCGUUCUGGUGGUGUUAGCGAUUUACCUUCUUAUAGAUCUUCGAACGGCUCUUAUAAUAUGCCGGCCACAUCAGGACAGAUGGAACCUUGCUUGCCGUCAACUUCAACCGGGGUAAUGUCCGCUUCAAUCGCUAAUGCUCGACCCGGUUCGAUGGUGCGUGUUCCAGAAACAGCAUCUACAUCGAGUAGACAUUCGUCAUCGCAUUCACGGAACUCUUCUUGGGACUUGCGUUGCGGACGACCAAACGUCAAUGUCGGCGGGGAAGUGCGAAAUUGGGGUCCUGCAGUUCCAUCGUCUACACACUCACGUACCGCAUCUCUUGAUUAUAUGCGUCAUUCUAGAAAUUCAUCUGCCGACCUCAAUAAGAUAAUACGGAAUGAUGUAGGCCUAGUAUUCAGCCCAACAUUGACAUCAAACUGGGUCGAUCCACUACGUGUUCAAAUAAUUAAGGCUCAUCAAAACUGGAUUGCAGUAGCAUAUGCCCAUUUCGUAACUUGUUAUCGUGUUAAGGACUCAAGUGGGUGGCAAAUAGUGUUCACAUCACCUCAUAUCGAUGCAACCAUUGAACGUAUGGCGAUCAACUCAAAAGUGAAUACAUCCACAGCUGAACCUACUCCGAGCAAGAUGGUAGCCAUAUCAUAUGGUAGUCAAAUACGACUUUGGAGCAUACAUGAGGGAGGCAAUAAGACCGAUGUCGGAACUUUCAAUUUAAAUGUACGAGUUGAGUAUUUAUUUUUCAUCGGCAGCCAAUUAGUUGCUUUGUCUUCGUCUGGAAAAAUAGGCGUUUGGCACGCAAUGACACAACAUUGGCAAAUUCAGGACUUGGUUCCAGUGUUGUCUUUUGACUCGGCAGGAUCAUUUUUACUUCUUGGCUGUAACAACGGUUCAAUUUAUUAUAUAGAUAUGCAAAAGUUUCCACUUCGUAUGAAGGAUAAUGACUUAUUGGUGACUGAGCUGUAUAAGGAUCCAAACUUGGACCCAAUUACAGCAAUUUCUGUAUAUCUUACUCCAAAAACCUCCAGUAUAAGUGGAAACUGGAUAGAGAUAGCAUAUGGAACGAAAUCGGGUGCAGUGCGUAUUAUUGUACAACACCCGGAGACUGCCGGUCACGGUCCACAUUUAUUUGAAACCUUUACUGUACAUCAAAGUCCCGUAACUAAGGUUACCCUCUCGGAGAAAUAUCUAAUAUCCGUUUGCAGUGAAUAUCAUCACGUACGCACUUGGUCCUUAACACGUUUCCGUGGCAUGCUGUCUACACAACCUGGAUCGACACCAGAGGCCUCCUUUAAAAUUGUGUCACUCGAAGCUACCGAUUCACAUUACAGUUAUGCAGCUGGCAACGAUUUUGGUCCCUACGGCGACUAUGAUGAACAGAUCUUUGUACAAAAAGUUGUACCCGAAACGGAUCAACUUUAUGUACGUUUAGCUUCAAAUGGUGAUCGAGUUUGCAUUAUAAAAUCGGUGGAUAGUUCAACUAUCACUUCUUUCUGUGUGCACGAAUGUGAAGUCUCGUCUCGUAUGGGGUCACGAUUCAUUUUGACAGGGCACUGUAAUGGUGUUAUUCAAAUGUGGGAUCUAACUACAGCGUUGGCGUUAUUUUCAAAAGGUGAACCACAGCAGAAUACCUUUGGCGGACCAGACACACACGAGCUUCUCCGCCUACUUGACCAAUGUGAAAUCAGCAAUAGCCUCAGCUCAACGCCUUGUAUGUCACCGUGUCUAUCAGUGGUUGGAGGCAUGGCAAACGCCGCAAUAGCUCGUAUGAAGGCGAGCAAUGUAGCUCUGCUUAAUCAGCUCCACAAUCAGCAUCAACAAACACCACUACAACAACAGCCACAAGCUCAAUCACAGCAAUCUACCUGCAAUAUGGCUGCGCAACUUCUGCCGCUACAGCAUCAAACACAACAACACCAACAGCUACAACAAAUGCAGCAGCAGCAACAGCAAUAUACUCCUCCACAACAGCCAGUAUCUCAAGGCAUUGGUAACAACGCUGAUUGAAAUGGGGAAGACGCGUGUAUUUUGUCAGCAGUGGCUAUUGCUGUUGCAGAGGUGGCGUUGGUUGGACGUGCCUCAUCGUUGCUAAUGUUUAGACUAGUAAUAGAGUAUGUUCGCAAAUUGUUGAAAAUAAUGCUCUGCUCGAUUAUAUAUGUUUGCUUGUUACGUUAUAUCGCAGCAGCAACUGUGCAACGACAUCGGAAAGGUGGAGAUACUCUAUAAAAUUGGGGCGCCUUUCCUUAAUAUUUUAAAAUGAUUAGAUGUUACUCUUAUAUUUUGUUGAAGUGAUUUUUAAAGGUGAUCAUUCGUAAAAUAUUCUUAGGCAAAUGCAUUAUACUCGUUUACGAAGCACACUUCUGUCUGAAUAUAUCGAAAUAUACACAUACAAUUACCAAAUUUUUAUAUACUUACAUAUGUUACUUUCUUACAUUUAAAUUAAAAUAUAAGCAUGCUCAUCAUAUACAAAAUAAAAUUGGAUAUACAAUUGUAAACAUUAAAAUGUAUAAAUAAAAUUUUAGACCGAAA